ACGCAUGCGCAGUGCCGACCCGGAAGCGGUGGCAUUUCGUGUAGUAAUUAACGCGUGUAUGUUGUUGACUUUGGAGAAUCAUGCAGGGCGCGCGGAUGUUGCGCGCGGCACACAGAUGUGUCCCGAACCUACAGAACAUCUGCAGCGCCAUGGCUUCCUGUCCUGGAAAAACGCCUCGCUUUGUCAGGAAGUACUGUUUACAUUUUAAAAAGGUCAAAUGUCUCCUGACCCUGAGCUCGAGCCGGUGUUUGUGUUCCUGUUCCUCAGUAAGAAAGUGCUGGAGUUGCGGUUCAUCUGCUCAGCUGUUCUUCUGCUCCUCCUGUAAUAGCAUACAGCCUCCCAAUGACAAAGCGACUUAUUUUGAGAUUUUAAACUGUGAUCAGACGCUCGCUUUGGACACUCGGAAACUUCAGGGAAAAUACAUAGAGCUGCAGAGAUGUCUGCAUCCUGACAACUUCGGGCAGAAAUCACAGACAGAACAGAAAUAUUCUGAAGAGCAGUCAGCCUUGGUAAACAAAGCCUAUAGGACUCUACAGAAACCUCUUACACGUAGCGUCUAUUUGCUGCAGUUGCGAGGAGUCGAGCUGGAGGAAGGCACGGACUCUACAGCAGAUCCGUCCUUGCUGUUAAAGAUCAUGGAGGUCAAUGAGAAGCUGGCGGAGACUCAGAGCCUCGACGAGGUCAACGCUGUAGACCGGGAAGUGCAAGUGACAUUGAAAAACCUGACUGAACAGAUGAAUGCAUCGCUAAACAAAGGGGACCUGCAGACAGCCAGAGAGAUCCUGACCCGAAUGAAAUACUUUGCGAAUCUGGAAGAGAAGGUGAAGGAGAAACUGAGGGAGAACUUGUGAGGUGGUGGAGAAGGACUUUUAAACUCGUUAUAUUUUGUCAUUGAAUAUGUACAGUUGAAUAUGUGGUCAAUUAAAGUGUAUUUUUAAAUCCC